AUGGAUACUAAUUAUAGAAUAGUAGUAGAAUUGUCAAAGGACACCGAUUUAAGUAAAGUCUCUGAUUUAUUCUUAAACGAUUCAAACUCAAAGUUUAUACCUACACAGAAUACUCCUACGACGAAGAAAUUAACAAAAGAUUGGAGAGAAAGUGAUAUUAAUAUUGAAACUAUCAAACCAAUGCAUUCUUUAGAAGAUAAGGAUUCCGUUGUGUCAAAAUAUCUAGGUCAUGGUAUAAUUAAAUUAUUCAAAUUGAAAGAUGAAACAAAAAUUUCAACAGAUGAAGGUAUAAUUAUACCAGGUGAUGAUACUAUGGUGAGUAUAUUAUUUAUACCGACUUAUUUUACAGUUCAUGAUUUAUUACAUUUUUAUAUUGGCGAUGAAAUUAUUAAUAAUCAAAUCACAAAUUUUAGAAUAUUGAAAAAUGUCGAUGGUUCAAUUGGUUUAAAUUUUAUGGUAUUAAUGAAAUUUAAAGAAUCCAUCAAUGCAAAACUAUUUAAAGAAAAUUUUAACGGUAAAACAUUUAGUAAAGUCGAUCCUGAAAGAUGUCAUGUUGUAUCAAUUAAAGAAAUUGUAUUCAAAAAUGAUUUAUUUGAAACAACUGAUAUUAAUCAUCAUAAUACAAAUAUUCCUUAUUUAGUGAAAGAUCCUUUUACAAUGAAUGGUUAUAAUGAUAAUGAAAUCGAAUUACCUACUUGUCCCGUAUGUCUUGAAAGAAUGGAUUCACAAACCACGGGAUUAAUUACAAUCCCAUGUCAACAUACCUUUCAUUGUCAAUGUUUAGAUAAAUGGAAAAAUUCAAGAUGUCCAGUUUGCAGAUUUUCAAGUUUUAGACUGAGUAGAGAUUCUUUAUUAAAACAAAUGGGUAAUUCACCACAAUGUAUAAUUUGUAAUUCAAAAGAGAAUCUUUGGGCUUGUUUAGUUUGUGGAAAUAUUGGUUGUGGUAGAUACAAUUCAAAACAUGCCAUUCAACAUUUUGAAACAACUUCUCAUUGUUUUGCAAUGGAUAUUAAGACUCAAAGAGUCUGGGAUUAUGCAGGUGAUAAUUAUGUUCAUAGAUUAGUACAAAAUGAAGUCGAUGGAAAAUUAGUCGAAGUUGCAUUAAAUAUGGAUCAUACCACAGUUUCUUCUUCAUCUCGUGAGGGAGAAGGUAACACCACGGAACAAGCAUCUAAUGUCGAGAAGAAUAGUGAUAUGUUAACAGAUUUUAUGAGACAGAAAGAAUAUCAUUUGGAAUAUGUUCAAGUAUUAGUAUCACAACUUGAAUCUCAACGUGAAUAUUAUGAAGAAAAAUUACAAAAAAAAAAUGAUACUGAAGAAGAAGAUAGUGCUAUCACUAAUUUAAAAUUAAAAUUAUCUCAAUUGUCAACAAGCUUACAUGACGAACAACAGCGUAGAUUAGAAAAAGAGAAAUUUACGUGUGAUAAAAUAGUUGAAAAUGGUUUAAUAAUGAAAGGUUUACAAGAAAAUUUAGAUAGACAAACUAAAUUGAAUGAACAAUAUUUAAAAGAUAUUACUACAUUAAAAGAAGAAAAAUCGGAUCUUCAGGAUCAAGUUAAAGAUCUAAUGUUUUACCUUGAGACUCAGGAGAAAUUUAAGGACGCUACAGAAGAAGAAAGAAAUGGAUCACUUGUAAUUAAAAAUCCAAUGAACUCCACUACUAAGAAUAGGAAUAAAAAGAAGAAGAAAAAGAUCAAGAUACCAACAUUAGAAGAGAUCGGUCAGAAGUGA